GCGCCCCCGGCCUCUCAAGGUCAGCCCCGCCCGCCGCCCUCGCCUCGCACCCGCGGAAGUAGCUCUAGCGGACGCCUUGCGUCCCCUCAUCUCUGCGUGGCGUGGGGUCGCUGGCGGUCAGGAGAGGGAGGGACUUCCUGUCCCGCGCGGGCAGGACUUCCGGCAGAGCCGGAAGACCUUUUCCCUCGCGGUUUGGAGAGGUCCGUUCUGCAGAACCUGCAGGCGAGGUGCAGGAGGCUCCCGGCGACUCCAGAGUGUCCGCCUCGCGACCUCUUCUUGGCGUUAUGGGUGUGAUAGGUAUACAGCUGGUUGUUACCAUGGUGAUGGCCAGUGUCAUGCAGAAGAUUAUACCUCACUAUUCUCUUGCUCGUUGGCUACUCUGUAAUGGCAGUUUGAGGUGGUAUCAGCAUCCUUCAGAAGAAGAAUUAAGAAUCCUUGCAGGGAAGCAGCAGAAAGGAAAGAACAAAAAGGACAGAAAAUACAAUGGUCACAUUGAAAAUAAACCACUAACCAUUCCAAAAGAUAUUGACCUUCAUCUAGAAACCAAGUCUGUUACAGAAGUGGAUACUCUAGCAUUGCAUUACUUUCCAGAGUACCAGUGGCUGGUCGAUUUCACAGUGGCUGCUACCGUUGUGUAUUUGGUAACUGAAGUCUAUUAUAGUUUCAUGAAGCCUACACAGGAAAUGAAUAUCAGCCUAGUCUGGUGCCUCCUGGUUUUAUCCUUUGCAAUCAAAGUUCUAUUUUCAUUAACUACACACUAUUUUAAAGUAGAAGACGGUGGUGAAAGGUCAGUUUGUGUCACCUUUGGAUUUUUUUUCUUCGUUAAAGCAAUGGCAGUUUUGAUUGUAACGGAGAAUUACCUGGAGUUUGGACUUGAAACAGGGUUUACAAAUUUUUCAGACAGUGCGAUGCAGUUUCUUGAAAAGCAGGGUUUAGAAUCUCAGGGUCCUGUUUCAAAACUUACUUUCAAAUUUUUCCUGGCUAUUUUCUGUUCACUCAUUGGGGCUUUUUUGACAUUUCCUGGAUUACGGCUGGCUCAAAUGCAUCUGGAUGCCCUGAAUUUGGCAACAGAAAAAAUUACACAAACAUUACUUCAUAUCAACUUCUUAGCACCUUUAUUUAUGGUUCUGCUCUGGGUAAAGCCAAUCACCAAAGACUACAUCAUGAACCCACCACUGGGGAAAGAAAGUGUCCCUUUAAUGACAGAAGCCACAUUCGAUACUCUGCGACUCUGGUUAAUAAUCCUGUUAUGUGCUUUGCGGUUGGCCAUGAUGCGAAGUCAUCUGCAAGCAUAUUUAAACUUGGCCCAGAAAUGUGUAGAUCAAAUGAAGAAAGAAGCAGGCCGAAUAAGUACAGUUGAGCUACAGAAAAUGGUGGCUCGAGUCUUUUAUUACCUUUGUGUCAUUGCCCUGCAGUAUGUGGCCCCUCUGGUAAUGCUGCUUCAUACAACUCUGCUUUUGAAAACACUAGGCAAUCAUUCCUGGGGGAUUUAUCCAGAAGCUGUCUCUCCCUUACCAGUGAAUAACCUCCCUUCCAACUCUGUCUCUGAACUACCGUCAGCUGAUGGGAAGAUGAAGGUGACUGUUACACAAAUCACCAUAGCACUGAGCAGCUUAAAAACCAUCUUCACCCCCCUCCUUUUUCGGGGACUUCUGUCAUUUUUGACAUGGUGGAUUGCAGCUUGCCUCUUUUCCACAAGCCUUUUUGGGCUUUUCUAUCAUCAGUAUCUGACAGUGGCAUGAAUUUCAGUCAAAAAUGGAUGUCCAAGUCACACUUCAAAUUCGAAUAGUUGUGCCCUUGAAGGGUUGACAAAAGAAGAAUGCAAAUACAAAGGAGAAAAAGAAUUAUUGGAGUGUCUUGUUUUCAAUGCUUCCUCUGCUCUCAGGGUGAAUCCAUGUUGUGAUAUUUAAAAAUCCCAGGAAAGGUUGUUACACUGUUACACUGUGGCAUUGGAAUUGUAACUCACUGUAUUAAGUAAUGGGAGAGGGCUAUCUGCAGGGGUAAUCCUUCUGAUUGCCUUGGUUUACAGUGCAAAUCUCCAACAGACUCCUAGGACUCCAGUUACUGGUUAUUCUUCAUGGUGUUGUGGUACUGUUAUUACUUAGUUGCUGCCUAUAGAACAAUCUUCAAAACUGAGCCAUGCUCUAGGGGAGGGAAAAGAACUAAACUCACUUCUGUUGGUAAUCUAUUCGUCUUCAAAUAAACAAAAUAAUCCAACAGAAAGGAAGAGAACGCUACUGUAUAUUACAGUAAGAAAAGCUGCAUAGUCAUUUUAAAUUGAAUGGAGAUAUAAAUGCCUAAUGUCUACAAGUACUGCUACUUGAGAGUAGCAAAUGUAUUGUUUAAAAUGUAUGCCACCAAGCUUGAAAGUUCUUUUCAAAUGAUUGGCUAUUUGAACAUUUGCAGUCUCACUGUUAGUUUUGGGUCUGCUGUAUUUUAUUUUUUUGAUUCUACAUAGUUAUGUUUAAUCUAAAAAUAUUUAUCAAUACUGAUCAAAUUUAAAAAUUACUUUGUAAUCCUGCUGACUACAUGUAUGUAUUGUGUUUAUAUUAUAUAUUAAAUAUAUAAUAUAUUGAGGUUAUAAAAGAUGAAAAUAUUGAAUCCUUAUAAUAUUUUAUGUUGCAGAAUGUUAAAAAGUGAUUUGAAUAAGAUGUAUUUGUAUCUAGAAAUUUUGUUUGGAAUGAGAUUAAAAUACAUUUUUUAAAGCUCAA